UAUUAACAAAUGCCUUUGUAUGACCCAUUAUAUUAAUAAUGAAUAUUUUGUGGACUUAAUUACAUAUGCAUUUUCAAAAAGGUUUGUAAUAUAAAUGCUGUGUUUUACCCCUGCAGAUUGUUUUUAACAGACUUAAAGUCGAUGCGAAGCAGAUCCGCUUUGCAGCUGCUACAUUGCAAGUAUAUGGGACGAAUUCUUACUGUGACCUGAGCGUAGCCUGGUCACGCUUAUGUAAGUUAUAAAGCAGUCAACUAAAAAGAUGGCAGCUUAUUCAAGGGGGGAAAUUGCAAAACAACGAAUAAGCCCUAAAAGAGAGGCAGAAUUUAUGUGUCGUUCUGAACUGGACUGUGAUGCAUUAAAAGUUGAAUUGAUCAACAGAAGAAUUGGAUAUGGGGUUUUUGCAACUCAAAAUUUUCCAAAAGGAAGCUUUUUGGUAGAAUAUGUUGGAGAGAGAAUUGUGCCCAAGGAAGCAGAAGAAAGAGAAAAGAAGCGCAAAAUAAAACAUACUAGUUAUAUGUUUUACUCUAAGUGGAAUGGUCUGAAGUGCAUUGAUGCAACUAACACUGAAAGAAAGGGGAAGUAUAUAAAGGACGAGGAAGUCGGAAGUCCGUUGAAUAACUGUGUUAUGCGCCUUUUGGUUACCGAGAAUUAUCCAAUGCUCUGCCUCUUUGCAAAUAGAGAUAUCAAAGCUGGAGAAGAGUUAAGAUAUGAUUAUGGGGAAGCCAACCUACCUUGGCGACAAAUUCACCUGAUGAUAAUCCAUUUGAUGAUAACCCAUUUGAUGUCAACCAGGACAGUGAGGAGAACAAUGAAGAAACUAUUGAUACUGAAACAGAGAGUGAAAAAGAAGUUGAUGAUGAUUCCAACACUGCAUCCCCCAUGGAAGGUACUUUUCAUUCAGUUGAUUAGAUCCAGAUCUUUUUUAAUAUUCCAGAGUUAGGUAGCUUAUUAAAGUAGAAGUUCCAUGUAAAAGUAAAAAGCUAAGCACAGAGAGAUCAUCAUGCCCACCCCGUGCAAAACCUGAGGCUCAAGGACAAGUCAGUGUUCAACGUCACACAUGGACUGCUGUAGAAAGGCAUCCUUGGAGCGACAGUUUAAUAACUUUAUCAAACUAGGGAAAACUCCUGGUCAGCUUGACUGUUUAAACGCCAUUAGGAAGGAAAAGGCAUUAUCAGGCUUCACUUGGCGCAAUGUGAAGUUUGCUGUCAAAAACAUAAUACCUCUCGUCUGAGAAGUUGCAGAAAAUGAAAUUCCAAGUGGUCGCAACGUUAAAUUUCUAUGUGUUAUAAUUAUGUUACCGUAAUGAAGUUCGAAUGCAUACUGUUUGGGCUGUAUUAUCAAUUUGUUAAUAACAUUAUGCCAGUAUCUAAAUUUAAUACAGGGUGCAUGCAAUUGUGACAAAUGCUUAUUGGCUUAUACAAAUGUACAUUUAUUUUUUUGUCUGUUAUUCUACUUCCUAUUCCAUGAAACAUUUUGAAAUGGCAGAAAUGGGUAGACAUUAUUUGAUAUUUUAAUUGAUAAAAUAUGAUCAGAAAUGUAAAGAAGGGCACGCAUCAUGCAUGAUAAUGUCAAUAAUUGAUUGAAAUUAUUUGAAUUCAUAAACAAAAUUCCAUAUAUCAUGAAUUGCUAUGAAAUUAUGUACUUUUAAAUUUUAGAUUAAAGUUGUUUGAUCCUAAAAUAAAAUGAAUUAUAAUUAAGA